AUGGCCAGCUUCCAACUGCCGACGCUCCAGAAGGACAACGACCUCUGGGGCCCCUCGGCCGAGUCGUCUGCCCUCCCCGCACAGCUCGAGGACAUUCCUUUCGCUCCCUACGCCAAGGGCGACAAGAUCGGCAGGAUCGCCGACUGGAACGCUGCUUCGGGUGCCAACGCCGACGGCGGUGCCCAGGGCGCCCGAGGCGGCAGGCAGGGACGCAACCGCGACGUCCAGCAGAGCUUCGGCGCCACUGGCGCCAACGCCUUUGCCUACUUCCACGGCGACGACGAGGCCAGCUUCAGCGUCGUGGACAACACGCGCACCGACUGGGACAAGCCGCAGCGCACCCGCGAGGCCUCGGUCACCGUGGGCCAGGACUGGGAGCAGCUCGAGGAGAUUGACUUUGCCAGGCUGGGCAAGCUCAAGCUCGAGGUCGAGGAGGCCGAGGACAUUUCGACCUACGGCACCCUCUACGAGUACGACCGCGCCUACGACCGCGUCAGCACAAAGGCCGAGAAGCCGCUCCAGUCGCUCGACCGCAUCCGGUACAGCCCGACGACGUCCGACGACCCCGUCAUCCAGGAGCUUGUCGCCAAGAGCGAUGCCCAGCUCUUCAUGACCGACUCGAUCCUCGCCCUCCUCAUGUGCUCCACCCGCUCCGUGUACCCGUGGGACAUCAUCAUCACGCGCACCGCCGACGGCAAGGUCUUUUUCGACAAGCGCGACGGCGGUCCGUUUGACUUCCUCACCGUCAACGAGAACGCGGCCGACCCGCCGAUGGAGAUCGACACCAAGGACGGCGACGCCGCGGCGCGGACGAGCCAGCUCAACACGCCCGCGGCCCUCAGCCUCGAGGCCACCUACGUCAACCAGAACUUUGGCUUCCAGGUGGUCAACGAGAAGAAGGCGCACCAGCUCGACAACGCCAACCCCUUCUACAGCGCCGACGAGAGCGAGCCGCUGGCCAGCUGCGGCUACCGGUACCGCAAGUUCAACCUGAGCUCCGACGAGGAGGACCCCGUCGAGCUCGUGGUGCGGACCGAGGUCGACGCCAUCCUGCCCGCCGGCGCCGGUGCCAAGCAGCAGUACAUCACCAUCAAGUCGCUCAACGAGUUUGACUCGCGGGCGCAGGGCGCCGGCGGCGCGCCCGACUGGCGCACCAAGCUCGACGCCCAGCGCGGCGCCGUCGUGGCCACCGAGAUGAAGAACAACUCGUUCAAGCUGGCGCGCUUCGCCGUCCAGAGCCUGCUGGCGGGCGCCGACAACAUGAAGUUGGGCUACAUCUCGCGCGCCAACCCGCGCGACGCCUCGAGGCACGUCAUCCUCGGCACGUCGUGGUACAAGCCGCGCGAGCUGGCGGGCCAGAUGGCUCUCAACCUCUCCAACGGCUGGGGCAUUGUGCGCACCAUUGCCGACCUCGCCCGCAAGGCGCCCGAGGGCAAGUACGUCCUGCUCAAGGACCCCAACAAGCCCACCGUCCGCCUCUACUCGGUGCCCGCCAACUUUGGCGAGGAGGACGACGAGGACGAGGACCGGAUCGACGAGGAGGCCGAGCAGGACCUCUGA